AUGAACGGGGUAGAACAUGCCUUACAAUUGCUAGCAGAUGACGGCGGCACCAUCAAAAUGGAUAAUGUGAGCCCAACGCAGUCAUCCGGCUCGAGCAAACGCAAAAGCCGCCCGGUGAAGCGCAUCAUUAAUGAAGAGGAAAUUGAUUCGCCACCUGUCGAGGCGGAAUGCACCGCUGGUCUACCGCUCGACGCCACCGAACCGAUUCUGGCGACAAUUCAGCAGCAUCUUCCACUCUAUGCAAACGUAGAUAGAUACGAAGAAGAAGGCCCGCUUUCUGAAGUGCUGUCAACAGGGAGUGUCGACGAUAAUAUGGAGCAGAAUUUCACAAACGCCGACUUGCUCAAGAAAGUCGCUGAGGUCAUUAACAUGUCCCAACAGUUUAAUGGCAAUAAUAUUCUCCAACAAGCUGCUGCGAUGAAAGAUCUCUCAUUCGAGCCAUCCGUGUUGAAUAAUGGGAACGGAUUCCUGCAGUCUCAGAUGUCCCCCCUGUUCGCAAAUGUGGACAACAAUUAUUUAAGCACUGAACGCAUGUUACAAGCAAUCCUGACACCGUCAUUGAACUUCAGUCUUGGGGCAAAUGCGCUUGGUAAUUCUUCAAACAGUUCACCAUCGAAUGGUAUGAUUGCAACGCCUUUGAUUUCACCCAACUCGAAUUUCUUGGCGUCUCUUAUGGCGGCAACACCGUCGUCCACAUCGAAUUCAGUUCAUUCAUCGACAAAGAAGACGGAUAAUAGGCCACCAGUGGUAUCGCAGACGCUGAAAGCAACCAAAAGGAAAUUAUUCACCGAGGAUGAGAGAGCACGCGCAGAAGCUGCCAAUAUGAACAGCGAGGAGCGAAUCGAUAUGAGCGAUCUUGAGGCUUUCGCGCAGACGUUCAAAAAGCAGCGCAUAAAGUUCGGAUUCACACAAGGCGAUGUCGGAGUCGCAUUGGGGAAACGAUACGGGACCGAUUUUUCUCAAACUACCAUAUCGAGAUUUGAAGCUUUGAACCUCUCAUUUAAGAAUAUGUGUAAACUUCGACCAUUAUUGAAAGAAUGGCUCGCUGACGUGGAAACGGCGAUUGAAGGUGGCGCCUCAAUCACCGACCUGAUUGAGCGUCGCAUUUCGAAUCCAACCGCACCCAUUCCAACACCAACAGAAGUCUCUGCGACGUCAGAAAAUUCAUGUUCACCGAGCCCUAUGGUUCAGAACUUGUUCAUUAAUCGCGAUCAGCAAGUAAAACGUCGAAGGAAAAGGACGAAUCUGGAUUUGAAUCAGCGAUCAUCCCUUGAUGCUUAUUUCGCUAUGAAUCCUCGUCCUGACCAUGACCGUAUGACCGAAAUCGCAAAUGCAUUGGAAUUGGAUCGUGACGUCGUUCGCGUUUGGUUCUGCAAUCGUCGACAAAAAAUGAGAAGGAUCGAUGAGCCGAUUGAAGGAGAAGUUGCCACACCGUCGGUCAGCCCAUUGUUCCCUACGCUGCAACAUAUGUCGACACUAGAUCAGUUAAAAGAAGCAGCAAAGUUGGCAGCGAAUCAAGUCGCCAAUGACGACAGUGAUGGAACUUCGGGUAGUCCAGACGCCCCAUCGCUCUCUUUCGAUAGCAACGAUAUGUAA